UUUGUCUGGGGGACACAUUCAGUCCAAGUUCUUAUAGGUAUGGUGUUACGUGUGAUUCGUGAUUGAUCGGAAGAAUGAAUGUAUUAAGGUUCUUGUGCUUUAGUUUAUGUGCUACCAAGUGAUCUAUAUAGGUCACUUAAAAAAAAUGCCGAUUUUCAAAAAAAUCUGUUCUUGUAUGCCUCAACGAUGGCUCAUCGCUACUCUAGCAUUUUUUGCAUUUUUCAAUGCUUACACCUUAAGAAUAUGCCUGUCGAUGGCAAUAACGAAAAUGACAGUGCCGCUAAACUCUACCGAAAAAACGAUCGAUGAAACUUGUCCCGAAUUCGAUGAUAAGGCAGUGAAAUCGAACGUCACCAUUCAUGGUGGGACAUUCGAAUGGAGCGAAUAUACUCAGGGAAUCAUUCUUUCCUCAUUUUAUUGGGGGUACGUGUGUACUCACAUUCCCGGAGGUUUCCUGGCAGCUAAGUAUGGGGCAAAAUCAGUAUUAGGUCUUGGAAUCUUGUUCACAGGCUUGUGCACCAUCGCGACGCCAGCCGCAACUCAAACGGGAGGCGCGAAAGCUCUGAUCUUCAUACGUUUCUUGAUGGGCGCUUUCGAGGGUGUGAUACAGCCAGGAAUGAGCUGCUUGCUAGCCCAAUGGAUCCCAUCUGGUGAAAGAUCUUUCGUCAGCUCGUUCGUUUAUUCUGGCAUUAGAUUGGGGAUUCUCAUCUCCUCGAUCGUGUCGGGCAUGAUCAUGAGCAAAGGCAACAGUUGGCCCUGGAUUUUUUACGCCUUCGGUGGCAUGACUAUUAUAUGGUACUUGUUUUGGGUGAUUUUCUGUCACAAUAAUCCACGUGAAAGCCCGUACAUCUCGGAAGAGGAAAAAAAUUACCUGCUCAGUGAGAUGGAGAAGGAUACUCAUGAAGAGCAUCCGCCUUUUCCUUGGAAACGAGCUUUGACGUCGAAAGCCUUCCUGGCUACGAUCAUCAUGCAAACUGGCCACGAUUUCAGCACUUAUACGAUUCUGUCCGAUUUGCCCAAGUUCAUGCACGAUGUUCUGAAAUUGCCCGUACAGUUGACCGGUUACGCGUCCUCCAUGCACAAUAUAUCAGCCUGGCUCUUUGGUACCCUCAUGUCUUGGGUGUCCGACAAGUUGAUAAUUAAAAACUACGUGUCGAUAACUAAUGUGAGAAAAAUUAAUGUAUUCAUAUCGAGCCUAGGGCCGGGUGUUAUGCUCGUUUUGGCCACGUACAUGGGAUGCAACGUGGUAGGCGCCGUAGCUCUUAUUACCAUUGGUUUGACACUCACCGGCAGCUCGAUUCCCGGCUUGAAGGUCAACGUGCUCGAUCUCAGUCCGAAUUAUGCCGGAGAGUUGAUGGGUAUCUCGAACGGCAUGGGAGCUUUUAUGGGAAUCUUGGCCCCCUACGUAGUCGGAGUUCUGACGCCAAAUCAAACGUUCAUGGAGUGGCGACUUAUUUUCUGGAUAGGCACGAUAAUUUAUUUAGUGGCAACUUUAAAUUUUAUUAUCUUUGGAAGUGGCGAUGUGCAGAAGUGGAAUGAUUUGCCAUCUGAAAAAUCUAAAAAAUUCAAUAAAGAGAGUGUAAAACUUAUAAAAAUGCAAAACAUUCGGGGUGCCGAGUCCCAAUGAUUGAUUACAAUAUUAUUCAUGUUAUUCAAAAUUUGUGGACUAGUCAGUCGUACAACUCCUACCUAUAUGCAACCAAGCAGCGGCGUGUGUACAACGAGUUGCUCGUUCACCGUGUAUUGACAAAGAUAUACACAUUAUGAUCAUACACAUUAUGAUAUAAAAAUUACCGAAUACUUGGAGUAAAUUUGUAAAUGUGAAUUUU